AUGAAGCUGCACCACUCAAUCUCCCAAAACAAUAUCAGUGGAUGCUCAAACAAUGACGUGACCAGCAGAACGUCGAAAGAGCAGGCGCCGAAGAACCCGCGAGGAUCUGGCGAGAGAUCAGGCGGAUCCGGGACCGUCCAGAGACUCCCCCCUGCCGCCCCGUUUGCGAGUUGUAAAGCGCCAGGACGGGACCGUCGCGCCGAAAAGUGGAGUAGGCGGUUGGCGGAGGAGCACCGACAUGGCGCAAAAAAAGCGAACUGCAAGCGAUGUUCUGUAGGGACCGAGGGGAUUACACCCGCCCCUCCAAUCCAACUGAUUGACCGUUUUUGA